AUGGAAGACAAAUCCAAUUCGUUCUCCAGCAGCAACAAGGAGGAGAAGGCGGAUGGGAAUAAUGUUUUCCAGAGGCAAGACUCGAUACAGAAGAACAACACAGGCAGCCAGAAGGAGCACGCUAACUCGGUGGGCUUCAACAAGGGAGAGCGAGAAGAGGCCAUGGUUGGGUUUGACGAUCUGGACGGUGCGGCCAGGCAACACGGUUUCAUGCAGAGGCAAUUUGGGGCCAUGAUGCAGCCCGGAGUCAAUAAGUUCUCCUUGCGUAUGUUCGGCAGUCAGAAAGCCGUGGAGAAAGAGCAGGAGAGGGUGCAAACGGCCGGAUACUGGAUCAUUCAUCCAUAUAGCGAUUUUAGGUUCUACUGGGACUUGAUAAUGCUCAUCAUGAUGAUGGGGAAUCUAAUCAUCAUUCCUGUGGGAAUAACCUUCUUCUCAGAGCAGACUACCACCACCUGGCUGGUCUUCAACGUGGCCUCGGACACCAUCUUCCUGGUGGACCUGGUCAUGAACUUCAGGACGGGGAUCGUCAACGAGGAGAGCUCCGAGAUCAUCCUCGACCCCAAGGUCAUCAAGAUGAAUUACCUGAAGAGCUGGUUCGUAGUGGACUUCCUCUCCUCCAUUCCAGUGGAUUAUAUCUUUUUAAUAGUGGAGAAAGGCUUUGACUCGGAGGUAUAUAAAACAGCCCGCGCCCUGCGAAUCGUCCGCUUCACCAAGAUCCUCAGUCUUCUGCGUCUGUUGAGACUGUCCCGACUCAUCAGAUACAUACAUCAGUGGGAGGAGAUCUUCCAUAUGACCUAUGACCUGGCUAGUGCAGUGGUAAGAAUAUUUAAUUUGAUAGGGAUGAUGCUGCUUCUGUGUCACUGGGAUGGCUGCCUCCAGUAUCUGGUGCCUCUCCUCCAAGACUUCCCCCCUGACUGCUGGGUGUCCCUAAACGGUAUGGUUAACGUUUCCUGGGGUAAGCAGUACUCUUACGCCCUCUUCAAAGCCAUGAGCCACAUGCUGUGCAUCGGGUACGGCGCCCGGGCGCCCGUCAGCAUGUCUGACCUGUGGAUCACCAUGCUGAGCAUGAUUGUAGGAGCCACGUGCUACGCCAUGUUUGUGGGCCACGCCACAGCUCUUAUUCAAUCACUGGACUCCUCACGCAGGCAAUACCAAGAGAAGUACAAGCAAGUGGAGCAAUACAUGUCCUUCCACAAGCUUCCAGCGGACAUGCGGCAGAAAAUCCACGACUACUAUGAGCACCGCUACCAAGGCAAAAUCUUUGAUGAGGACAACAUCCUGAGUGAACUCAACGACCCUCUCAAAGAGGAAAUUGUCAACUUCAAUUGCCGUAAGCUUGUGGCCACCAUGCCUUUGUUCGCCAACGCAGACCCCAACUUCGUGACGGGGAUGCUGAGCAAGUUGAAGUUUGAGGUCUUCCAACCCAACGACUACAUUAUCCGAGAAGGCACGGUCGGGAAGAAGAUGUACUUCAUUCAACACGGCGUCGCGAGCGUCAUCACCAAGUUCAGCAAGGAGAUGAAGCUGACGGAUGGAUCCUACUUUGGAGAGAUCUGUCUGCUCACCAAGGGCAGACGAACGGCGAGCGUGCGUGCAGACACCUACUGUCGACUCUUCUCCCUCUCUGUCGAUCAUUUCAAUGAGGUGCUAGAGGAGUACCCCAUGAUGCGACGCGCUUUCGAAACCGUCGCCAUCGACCGAUUGGACCGCAUCGGGAAGAAGAACUCCUUGCUGCUGCAGAAGUUCCAGAAGGAUCUGAACGCCGGCGUUUUCAACACGCAGGAGAACGAGAUAUUGAAGCAGAUUAUUCGUCAGGACAGGGAGAUGGUGAUGAUGGUGGACCGCAAGCAGUCAGUCACCGGGAUGAACUCAACACCAAUGUCAGGAAACUCCAUCAUUAACUCACCAGCCUGUCAGCCUCCCUUCCCCACCGCCUUCAGCACCAAUCAGCUCCAGCAGUCCUCCGUUCCCAUGACUUACAGUGCUUCAGCUAUUGCCAAUGCCUCCGCCGCCCGCAUGCUGCCCGCCGCUGCCGCGGCUGCAGCCGCAGCGCAGGGGAUGUACCCUGUUCCCAGUCUUUCCCACCACAGCCUGAAUUCAUCCUCAAUGAAUCCACAGGCGCCGCUCCAGCAGCAGGGAGCGAUCAUGUCGCCCUGCUCCUUCACGGCGGCUAUGUGCAGCCCGCCCGUGCAGACCCCUCUGGCUAGCCGGAGCUUCCAGUACAGCUCGCGCACGGCCUCCCAGCUGUCACUCAUCCAGCAGCCCAUGGCUCAACAGUCCAUAUCCACACAGCAGCUGCAGCAGCCCGCUGCGUCGACUGCAGCCGCAGCCUCUGCAACGCAGCAGCAGCCGUCGCCUCAGCAACAGCAGGUCCCUUCACCUCAGCGGGGUGACAUCCACAAGAGCACACAGGCCCUGCAGUCGGGCAGCUUGGGUCGAGACGUCAGACAUUUAUCGGCCUCCCAACCAUCACUGCCACACGACACGUCUCUGGUGCCCAGAGUGCACCCAGCCUCAGGAGACUCUCUGGCCUCCAUCGUGCCACCGACGGCGGUGGCGAUCCAGGGGAUGGGUCUGCAGAGCGGCCUCCGCACCACAGUGCCCCAGCGUGUCAAUUUAUUCCGGCAGAUGUCGUCAGGAGCCUUGCCCCCGGUGCGCUCGGCGGCCGCGGCGGCAGCAGCGGCGGCGGCGGUGGCAGCAGCAGCAUCCUCAUCCUCGACCUCAACCCAGCACAGGGAAUCCCCCGGAUCUAGGAGAGAUUCUGUCCUGAGCAGUACGGAGACUGAGCAAGACAAAAUGCGUUUCGCAUCAAAUUUAUGAUCCCAUUUUUUUUCCCUUUUCAUUUUUUAAACUUCAAUAUGUUUCAACUCAUUUUUAAAAACGGGAGAUACAACAAAAGAGAUAAAGAUGAGGAACUUCAGCAUUUUUUUGUUUCUCUCCAGUUUUCUUCUAAAAUAACCUCAUAGAAAACCCUGUACAUACGAGCCCUUGUAUUAUAUUUUAGACACAUUGUCUCCCUAAACUUAAGAAUGUAUAUUAUACAGAUACAUCUCUCUUUUCUUUUGCGCCAUAUAUAUAUAUACUUAUGUAUAUAUAUAUAUAUAAAUAUAUACUGCUGUGUGUAUGGGUGUGUGAGAGUGUGCGUGCAUGUGACCGCGUGUGUAAAAUCCAACUAGAAUAUUUGGCAAUGGCAAUUUAAAAAGCUGUAGUAUAAAGUCUUCCUUUCUGAGAAAUAUAAAGAAUUAUAUACAAUGUAUGACAUUUUAUUAAUUAAUUUAUUUUCUGUUUUUUUUAUUUUAUUUUAACUGGGAUGCAUUGUGGAUUCAGAUUUUUAUUUUCUUUUUUUUUACCGUUGAGGAAGAGAAAAAUUGUCCUAUUAAGCAGCUUUAGGCACCACUGUGGAAUAAAACAUGCAAGCAACUCUUGACAAAUAAUCUCAAAAAAGCACACACACUCUCAUGAAAUGAAUCUCACACCAGUUUCCUGAAACCAACACAGAUACUGUAACUAAGUGUUAUGUUGCUCUCUGCAACGACAAUACAGUGUGCGGAGCCGCCGUAUCCCCGCAGCGGCUCCCGUACCAACCAUGACAGUGUUAUGGGUCCAAAGGGAAUAGAUAACAGAAAUGCUGCUUUCUUUGUUUAUGUUCGAGGAGUGUGGAGAAAGACGUGGAUGGAUGCUAUUGUUUUCUAUUUCUAAUUUCAGAUGGCUGAGAUGUUACGUAAUGUCGCUUAAAAAUUCUGUGUAUAUUUAUAAUAUUUAUAAACUAAAGAGUAUCACCAUUAUGCAAUAGACUGUGACAUAAAGAUUACCUAUAUGUGUGCUGUAAAUAGUUUUGUAGAGCUAGUAUUUACAGAUACUGUGUGGUGCAUUCUCUAUCAUAACAAUGUCUUACUUCUAUCAGGAAACCUGGAUAUCAUCUAUACACGAACAAGGUUUAGUGACACAUGUUUCAUAAAGAGAUUAACAAACCUUAAUGCAAUAGCUAGCACUACUUGAUGCCUGAUUGGAGGACAUUCAAGAAGGGUUCUCUCUGUAUACUAUCCUAGCCCUAGUGUAGUUUUUGAUUUCACAUCAAGUGAACAAUAUUUAUCUACAAUACACAACUUGAUUUCAAAUUGUGUCUUUUUUUAGUCGCCUCAUUUCCCCAAAAACUGCUGAGGAUCAUUUUCUGCAUUGUAUUGUUCGAGGACGGAAAUGAGGCUUAUUCUCUUUUCUUCAUCACACCUUUUAUUUUGUACACUGUACUGUACGCUGUCAUAUCACAUUUACUGUAGUUGAAGAGCCUGCCACCGCAUUUUCACACCCAUGUGUUUUAGGUUAAAGACGUCAGGUAUCACUCAGUUUUCACCCAGAGGUGUGUUUUUUGUGCUGCUGCAGAAGAAGAAACGCUGGUUUGCAUUAAGGUUUCUGUCUCAUGUAAAUCCAUCAUGUGGGCUUAGGUACUCUAAACUGAGGCAGGGAAGCAAGGUCAAAGCCAGAAUACUGUGGUCCUGUUCAGACCUGGCAUUAACAUGCGUCCCGAGUGAUCCCAUCACAAAAGGACAGCUCUUAAGUACAUCUGUUCACACCUGGCAUUAGAAUCCGUCUCCACAUGUGUCUUGAGUGACCACUUGUGAUCGGAUCCCACUCUACCCCGCUCUACAUGCACAUAAACACGUAAACACACGGCUAAUACAGCAGACAUUGUGACGUAAUAUUACAUGAACGUCAGUACUAAUAUCCUACAUAUUCGUGAAUUUCGGUACAUUUUAUUAACAUCAAAAU